UCACCGGAAGUGAUGACUUUCGGAAGUUACUCAUUCGGAAUAUCUUGGUAGUUUUCUUUGGAAUCUCACAUGUGAAAGAAAGAUGACAACAACUUUCUCAAAUCCCUCUCAAUUGUUGCCUCUAGAGUUGGUGGAUAAAUGUAUUGGAUCUCGAAUUCAUAUAAUCAUGAAAAAUGACAAAGAAAUAGUUGGAGUGUUACUGGGUUUUGACGACUAUGUCAACAUGGUGCUAGAAGAUGUUACAGAAUUUGAGAGCACUCCAGAAGGAAGAAGAGUUACAAAACUUGAUCAAAUUUUGUUGAAUGGGAACAACAUCACAAUGUUGGUGCCUGGAGGAGAGGGCCCAGAGACAUAAGGGAGGAUUCUGUCAUGUAAUUCAGGGAGGGACAUCAUUCACAAGACAUUCAUACCAUGGGAAACAUUUCACCAUCUGUUACUUCAUGAUUAAAAUUAAAAAUAUGUUUUUGCAGAAA